AUGCUGUUCCUCCUCUUCUACCUGGCUUCUCUAGCCACCGCCCAGAUGUCGGCCGAAUAUUUUGACAACGCGGUGACGACGCCGCCGCAGCUGCUGUGCAACGAGGACGUCAUUCUUUUCCGGAUACAAACGGCCAAGCCUUUCCGGGGUCUCCUGUACGUCGACGGCCAAUCGGGCAUCCGGCCAUGUCGCGUCGAAUUCGGGGCCAACGAGGGCCCAAUGGCCCAGAUUGCCAUCCGGCUCGGCGAUUGUGGGAUGAGAAGAGAACGUCAGAUGACGGGCGUGAACUUCUUGCUGACGUUCGUCGUCUCGUUUCACCCGAUCUUCCGCACGGCCAUCGAUCGUUCCUUCCAGGUGCGGUGCUUCUACGCGAUGGCCGACACGACGGUGGCUGCCGAGAUGGACGUCAGCACCCGGCCGCCCGAGCUGCUCGAGCAGGGAUCGCUGCUGAACCCGGAGUGCGCGUUUAGCGUACGCCGCGGUACUUUUGACGGUCCGCCCGUGGAACUGUUGACGGUUGGAGAGAAGAUCUUCUACCGCUGGGACUGCAAGCCGUUCCCCACCCGGCGCCUUGGAAUGCUCGUCCGCGCCUGUACUAUCAACGCCGGGGGCACGUCGGUGCCGUUGAUCGAUCCGAGGGGUUGCCCCGAGGUGCCGUUCCUCCAUCAGCUCGUCUACCAAAGUGACCUGUUGACGGCCAUCAAAUGCCAGAUCAAGCACUGCGAGCUCGACUUCAACGAGUGCCAGGGGGUUACGCCGCCAAAUUGCCCUCAACUCGGCGGCCGCUCCUUCGUCCCGACUUCCGUCGUCGAUCCGGGCGCUGUCCCGACGCAGGUCGUCGCCGCCCUGCCACCACCGGAAGUCGCUGUCCUUGGCCUUGUGCCAGUGCCGGGCCCUCCACUGCCCCCAAUCCCGCCAAUGGCCGCCGAACCUCCACUCCUUCGUGUCCCAUUCGAACGUCGAAAGGAGGAAAGCCCAACGUUGGAGGACGACUCGACGGAAGACCACGGUGUUAGGAUGCGACCGACAAGGACAGAGCCCGAAACCACGACAACUACGCAGCACUACCCGACCAUUCCGUUCGACACCACCGAACGGCCGCUAUAUACGACCGCCCAACCCUUCGUGCUCCUGAACCGUUCGCGCGAGCCGCUCGACGCCGAGAGCCACCACCGCAUGGAGGCGAACGCGUUCAGCAAGCGGAGAUUACGUGAUGACCGCUUCAUCGAGGUCGUCUCGCCGGAUCUCAAAUUUUUGUCAGCAGACGCUGCGCCGUUGAGUAAUCUACAGGAUAGUGAAGUAAGCUGGGCCUCGCAUCGGCAGUUGUGCUUCGACAACACCCUCAUCGUCCCCCUGCUGCUGGCCGGAAUCUUGGUGUCAACGCUGUCCUUCCUUUUCAUCUUGACGCUGCUCAGGAAUUUGUAUAAAAGAUACUGGAAACGAGGAAAUGAACAUUGCCAUCGCGUGCCGUCGCGAGUUACCGACUGCACAGAGUCGUCAAAUCGCUCGGAUUUGUCCCGGACUUCCGAGAGAUCGAUCGAUAUUGUUGAAGAAUACAUCGGAACGAGGGCCGAUCAUCAGCCGCGACAAUCCCGAGAAGAAUGGGCCAUCCCGCCGCUUCGUCGUCUCGGCCAGAACAACCGAUAUAAUAGC